AUGCGACGCGUGGUGCUGUGCAUGGAAGGCUCGCGCGGAGAUGUGCAGCCGUACAUGGCCGCCGCCACGGCCUUGCAGGCAGAUGGCUUCUCGGUGCUGGCCAUGGCCCCGAAGGAUGCCAAGAGCAUGGCCGAGCAGCAAGGCCUCCGCUUCGUGAGCUACCCACUCUCCUCGCGCGAGGUGACCACCAGCGCGGAGGUGGUCCAGGCGGUGACGGCCAAUGAUUUCCUGAAGAUGUCAGCUGCGGUGAACGCGAAGAAGAACGCUUGCAGAAGGGAGAUGGUGCAGAUCCUCUUCGAACAAUUGGUGGACUUCAAGCCCGAGCUGAUUAUCUCUUCGGCGCUGAGCAUGACGAGCUGCCUGUGCAUUGGCAGGGUCCUGCGCAUUCCCGUACUAUUUGUGGGUCUGCAAGUCAUCGUGCCCAGCAACCAUAUCGCAGUCCUUGGCGUUUUGCCCAAGUUGCCAGGAUGCCUCGACAUGAACAAGCGUGCCUGGAGGUUGAUCCUGAGCAUGCUCAUGGCGCGGGGACAGCGGACCUUCCUCGAUGCCCUCGAAAAACUGCCUCCUGGAUCCAUUGAGGGAUCUCGCGAAGAUUGGGAAGUGUCCUACCAGGAGUUUUGUGACCAUUGUAGCUGCAGCCCUCGCUAUCCGACUCUAUUUGCAGUCAGCUCAAGUCUCAAUGGACCUCUUCCCCCCGACUUCAACGACAAGUGCCGCUUGUUGGGCCCCAUCCGCUUCGAUGCCGCAAAGGAACUGGGGCUCGACUUCGGGGGGCCAGAGCAGGCUGCUUUGGAGAACUUCUUAAGCGCGGGCGAAGCUCCGGUUUACAUGGGCUACGGGUCUCUCGUGUGCCACAGCGCCAAGUUCAUGACCCUGCUCAGCUUGCGUGCCCUCAAGGCCACUGGGCGUCGAGGUAUCCUCGUGCGUGGUUGGGCGGGCCUCGGAUUGCAAGACAUCGACUCCGAGCCAGAUGCGGAAGAGUUGCGGUCCUUUUGCGAGUCGAAGGUCCUCUUCAUGGACAGCGCGCCACAUGCCAAUCUCUUCCCGCGUUGCAGUGUUAUCGUGCACCACGGGGGUGCAGGCACCACCUAUGCUGCAGCCACCAGUGGCAUCCCCAGCGUGAUUGUCCCAAUCCUUCUCGACCAGUAUGUUCAUGCCAAGCUUGUGAAUGAGAAGGGCAUAGGGGUGGGACUGCCUGCCAUGAGGUCAAUCUCACCUCAUGACCUGUCCGAGGCUAUCUUGACUUGCCUGCAAUCGACCUCGAUUCGUGAAAAGGCCGCACAGUUAGGUCAGGGGCUCGAGAAGGAGAACGGAGCUGCUGGGCUACUCCAUGAGGUUAAACAGUUCUUUGAAGAGUUCAUCGAUUCAGGGCGCUAUGUCAAGGAGAAGAAUGCUUUGUUGGCACGAGAGAAGCGACACAGAGGCAUACGUGGCAGUUGCCUGAAUUGGCUCUACUGGUUUUCUUCGUUUUGCCAAAGGAAUGAGAGAGCAUGA